CAGCAGGCCUUGCGGCUGCGCACACGUGUUGGAGCGGAGAGCAGGAGCGUCAUGGCGGUGUUUAUGGAUCUAAACUUGCCGUUUUCCUCGGACAGGAGUCACCUAGGGAGCAUCAUAGAGACGGCGGCUCACCUUGGUUUCUCCACCAUUGCCAUCAACUACGUCUUCGAACCCACAGCCAAGAAGAAACAGGAGAUCCCCACCCCGACGCCGAUCAGCGAGCUGAUGGAUGGGCUGCCUGUGGUGCAGGGUCGCUCCCGUCCAGUCAGAGUGCUGAACAGACUGACGGUGGUGAUAACGGACUCGAGUCACUUUAGGCCCAACGCUCCAGAGAACCGCCGCUUCGACCUGCUCGCUGUCCAGCCGACCACAGAGAAACUUUUCCACGCAGCCUGCAUGGUAUAUGACAUCGACAUCAUCUGUGUGCCGGUGACAGAGAAACUUCCCUUCUUCUUCAAGAGAGCGCCGAUCAAUGGGGCCAUAGACAGAGGUGUGGUGUUCGAGGUGUCAUACUCUGCAGCCAUCAGAGAUUCCACCAUGAGGCGCUACACCAUCGCCAACGCUGUCAGUCUGGUGGAGAGCUGCAAAGGAAAGAAUGUGAUUCUGUCCAGCGCAGCUGAGAAGGCUCUGGAGCUCAGAGGACCAUAUGAUAUCACUAACCUAGGUUUGUUGUUCGGUCUGUCAGACGGCGAUGCCAAAGAAGCCGUUUCCUCCACCUGCAGAUCAGUUCUGCUGCAUGCAGAAACCAGGAAGACGGCCAGCGGGAUCAUCUACACCACGAGGAGCCAGCAGGAGGCGCUGCAGGACUCAGCAGAUGGUGAAGCUCCUGCAGCCAAGAGAGCCAAACCCACCUGACUGAGAGAAUGACUGACAGCUGAGGAGGGUGGGACCCACUGAUUUUUUUCUUCUGGCUCAUUUUUUUCUGUUGUUUUUUUUUUUCUUCUUGAAGCAGCACUGAUGGUCUGAUGUGAUUUCUGAGUUUAAUAAACAGUUUGAAGAAUUCA